AUGCUCACCGACAAGAACAUCGUCGCCGUAUCAUCGUUGGCCUCGAUCAGCGCCAUCAUCGCCUGCCUCAUUGUAGUCCCAUCGCUCUACAAUGAGAUUAACGACGUUCAUAAUAUGGUCCUCGACUCGGUGGCCGUAUUUCGUGUCGAGACCGAUUCGGCUUGGGCUGAAAUGAUGGACGUCCAAGUGAUGGUAACCCCACCAUCGAAACCUCGCCAGAACCCGUUCAACUCGAUCUUCCGUCAGAAGAGACAAGGUCUACCACCAUGGUGCGUCUGCGAGAUCCCCAGGAUCACCUGUCCACCCGGACCGCCUGGACCUCCUGGCCAACCAGGACAACCUGGAAACCCUGGCCCUCCUGGUCCGCCAGGAAGGGAUGACAUGACUGUCUACGCUCCUAUUCACUGUCCAGCUCCUGACCGUGCAUGCAUCAGAUGCCCACCAGGACCUCAAGGACCACCCGGACCCGAUGGACCUAUGGGACAACCUGGAAUGGACGGUAGACCAGGAUCACCUGGACCUCGUGGAGAGAACGGAGGUCCUGGACCAAUAGGACCACCCGGAGAACCAGGAACUCCUGGGCAUCCAGGUAUGGAUGGACGACCUGGGCCACCUGGUCAAGAUGGCCGCAAAGGUGUUGGCCAUCAAGGUAUGCCAGGAAUGCCUGGACCGCGUGGAGAACCGGGCAAGGCUGGAGCCCGAGGAAACGAUGGCGCUCCAGGUACACCUGGCCACAUGGGACCACCCGGACAUCCAGGAACUCCCGGAAACAAGGGUAUGGACGGUCAACCAGGAACUCCUGGAAUGCCUGGACGUCCUGGAAGAGACUCAACCUAUUGUCCUUGUCCUCGCCGCAGUGUGGUGAUCGCGAAGAAGAAGAAACUCUGA